AGAAGACCCACAUUCCUGCUUUUCAUAUCCUGAACCUCGGAAGUGCUCUGCUCGCUACUGACUGGAUAAAAGCAAGACCAAGUCAUUGCUGUGCUUCAAUCCCCUUGACUUGUUUGGUCGCGUUGAGUGAAAUCCACGGUGGCCCCAGAUGUAUUUCCCCACAUCUGCCGCACGCCAACUAUGCACCGUCCCUGCUCUGCCCAAUGCUUUGACUGAGCCUGUUAUACAAGUCUGUCCGAGUACGAGGAAGUCGUUGUUCUGUACGUUGACGAGGGAUGGAUUGGCAGUGUGGCGUGUACGGCCGUCUGCGAUGCUGACGUACCUGUCGAGGACGGCUACGAGUCUGGAACAGCAUGGGGAGAAUAAAGCAGUCCAUUGGUCUACGGACGGGCGGAGGAUCGUCAUUCAAACAACACGCUCCUUCCUCGUCCUCGUCACCGUGCACUACAAUCCGGAAGAAACACCUUACAAGACACCACCACUAGGCGCUAACAGUCAACGGAGUUUCUUGCCUGGACCUGGAGAAGCACUUCCCCUUCAGUCGAUCGUGUUGCAGUUCGAGGGUGUCAUUAGGGUGGAAGGUAUACUUCUUAGUGUGUCGCCACGCAAACAUUACAUCUUAUUUUCUACGAAAAGUCCGCCGUCGAUACAACGGAUACCGUGGCCGACUGCUCCGGAAGAUGAACUGUAUGAUCGUAGAGGGAAUAGGCGAUAUGAUUACGACAGUUGGGUGAUGAACGAGGAUGAUUUCCCGUGGCUUGUGGAUCCGGAUGUAACGGUGUGCGAUAUAUCAUGGUACAGAGGAACGGAUGUCGAGUCGUGGAUCACCUCCGACGGCAGGGCGUACUUCGUUCAGUUGUCGGAGAGCGCGUAUUCGGAUGUGAAUAUGUCGAAUCCGGACGUAAAUGGGGAGGAUUCUCUACCGGACACGCUCCGCCGCCAAUAUCACUCCCGAACCUCCGUCGACAGCUCCGACUCCCAUUCACAACCCUCAUCAGAGUGGCACGGAACAUGUAUACACGAUAUCGAGGUUCCGAAAUGGGUUCAGAAGCAGCGUGCCCCCGAUCCUGAAGAUGAAGAUGGUUUGGGUGCAAGUGGGAGUGGUGGGACGGUGAGAAGUUACGAGCAGCCGAGGCGAGCGGUGAAAGUUGCAGUAAAUACCAAAUUUUCGAUGAUUGCGGUCGGGACGUCUUGCGGCUCAGUCGAAUUUACAGCCUUCCCUUCGUCCGCUCAACCCUCCAAACCGCACGUCCUCCAACUUCCUCACGUCUUCACCACCACGAACCGUUCCACGUCCAUCAAUGGUCAAAGUCAUAAUAACGGGAAAGGUCCGGUGUGUACUAUGGAGUGGAGCUCAGACGGGUAUGUGUUGGCUGUGGGGUGGAAACAUGGGUGGGCGGUGUGGAGCGUGGCGGGGAGGUGUUUGGCAUGGGGAUUUGGGGUUGAGGAACAGGUUGAUGAGGAGAGGUUUCAGGAUGCGUUUAUGUACGGGAUUAAGGAUUUGUUCUGGGUACCAGGGAACUUCGAGUUGAUUGUGCUGGCACAGUCUAGCCCUAAUAGGCCAGAUGGCCAGCUCUUCAUUCUACCAUUCGCGAAAAGCGCAACCACAGGCCAACAUGUUCCAGACAAUUCGGAAUACGCAUUCCUGCAAAUGGAUGACCGAGCGUUAGUGUAUAGAGGAGCUGAUCAACCCGACAUGAGUGUCAUAAACCCCGAAUCCGAUGUCUGGCAGCACAUCAAGAUACCGCAGAGCUAUCUCGCAGCUAACUGGCCGAUUCGAUAUUCAACCAUUAGCGCAGACGGAAGAUUGAUCGCCGUCGCCGGUCGACGCGGCCUCGCUCACUAUAGCUCAGCUUCUGGAAGGUGGAAGCUUUUCGCGGACGAGUUGCAGGAGCAGGCCUUCGUCGUGAAGGGUGGAAUGUUGUGGUUCCACCACGUCCUUAUCGCGACCGUCGAAGUUGCGAAGUCAUGGCAGAUUCGGCUGUACUCGCGCGAUAUGGAGCUGAGCAACCAAAAUGUUCUUCAUCGUGAACUUCUUCAAUCACCCGUCGUCAUCCUCUCGCUCGUGGACAAUUCCUUACUCGUCUAUACGGCCGAUAACACACUCCACCAUUUUCUGAUCGUGCCUACGACGGAUACGAUCCAGUUGCAUCUAUGUGGGAGUAUCACUUUUGAGGGCAUCAUUGCGAACCCGAAUGCGGUCAGAGUGUUAAGUUGGAUGAUUCCGAGUGCACAGAAACAUUUGGGAGACCCAAUGGACGAUCUGUCGGUUGCGACCGUGCUCAUGAUGGUUGGCGGCCAGCUCGUCCUUCUUCGACCAAGAAAGUCUGCAACUCAAGAAGUCCGCUAUGACAUGCAAAUCCUCGCCGACCGCAUCGAGUUCUGUUGGAUUCAUCUACGCGGAAUCGGGAGCCUUGAGAACUCGCUAUGGGGCUUCGACGGCCAAGGCAUGCGGGUGUGGUUAAAUGCUUUGCAUAUAGAGCAGAGACAGCUAGAAGAUGCGACUGCGGAGCCGAGGGAGGUGAAGGAGAGUGUGAAUAUUCCGUUGGAUUUCUAUCCGCUGUCGGUGUUGAUGGAUAAGGGAAUUAUAAUAGGGGCUGAGCACGAGACGACGGCGAGGGCAAAUUUGCCGUUCGUGCUUUUCAGACAUGCGACUAGCUCACACCUCUUCCUCCAUCACAUUCUUCUUGUCCAUCUAGCCGCAGGACAAGUCCAACAAGCCGUCCAAUUCGCUUCGCAUUACCAGCAUCUCGUCUUCUUCGCUCACGCUCUGGAGAUCCUGCUGCAUACUGUUGUUGAGUCGGACGCGUCGUCGGGUGAUGACAGCGAUGACGGUCAUACUGUUCAAAGCCUGGACGUGAAUGACGGCUUGUUGCCGGCUGUUAUAGAGUUUUUGGACCAUUUCGAUGUGGCACUGGACGUGGUGGUAGGUUGCGCUAGGAAGACUGAAAUGACGCGGUGGCGGAGAUUAUUCGACGUCGUGGGCAAUCCGAAGGUGCUUUUCGAGACCUGUCUCAAAUCCAACCGCCUCCGCACAGCCGGCUCUUACCUCCUCGUCCUCCAUAGCCUAGAACAGCUCGACGAAUCCAACGAAGACGCUCUCCGACUCCUCCGCAGCGCCGUCGAAGCGAAGGAUUGGCAGCUCUCGAGGGAGUUGUUGAGGUUCUUGCAUUCGAUCGAUACGACGGGUGGCGCUUUGAAGGAGGCGCUGAGGCAACCUUUUAUGUUCGAUGUGCCGAAUGGGGUUUCGGAUCGGAUGUAGGGUGAACGCUGGUGUGAGGGCCGCUGUUUGUUUGCUUUGAGUGAUGAUCGUUGAUUUUUAUGUGGAUGUUGUUUUAGGUCGGACAUCUUGUUGUUUGUGGCAGGCUUUGUAUACUGUUGUAUAUUGAAAUGGGAUAACUUUUU